AUGAUUACAUCAUAUAAUCCUAGGAGACAGGAGGAUGCGAAGAAACAGCAGCAGAUCCUUCAAGGCAAAAAUAUAGAUCACCUGAAUGUUCAGCAUUAUAACCUAGCCUUGCACAGAGCAGUCGAAGAAAUACCUGUGGACACCAGAGACAGCAAUGGAUCUGUUGACUGCCAGGCCAGAGGUACAUCAGGUACUUCUGUCUGCCAGGCCAGAGGUACAUCUAGCGCUUCUGUCUGGGAGUCUGCCAGUUCUGUGGAGGAGCUAGCUGAGAAAUGUGAUGAUUCUCUGUUGGCUUCACUCGAUAUAUCCAGCCAGGGGGAUGAAUCUUUGAUGGGGACAGCACUCUCUCCAGUGUCCAGAUUAUACAAGCUACUAGUGGAGUCACAGGAGAUGAUUAAUUCCCUUGAAAAGAAGUCUUCAGUACCUAAAGGUGUAGAACUUGAGAUGCCACAGACUGCCACUCACUGA